GAGCUGAAAUCGCUGAGCGCGAUGCCUGAGGGCGCUGCGAGCCGGGCGGCCCUCGCGCCCGGGGGCUGGUCAGUAAGAGGGCAUACCGGCAGGGCCUGUGGAGUGGGAAAGCAUUGCCGCUGUUGAGGCAAGUCUCAGGAUUGGGCCAGGAGCUGUCCCGGGGGCUCCUCAUCAUGAUGGCUGUGGAGGGGUCAACCAUUACCAGCCGGAUCAAGAACCUUCUGCGAUCCCCGUCCAUCAAAUUACGCAGGAGUAAGGCAGGAAACCGGCGAGAAGACCUCAGCUCCAAGGUGACCUUGGAGAAGGUGCUUGGAAUUACAGUGUCUGGAGGCAGAGGACUUGCCUGUGACCCCCGAUCCGGUUUAGUUGCCUACCCAGCUGGGUGUGUGGUCGUGCUGUUCAAUCCCCGGAAACACAAACAGCACCACAUCCUCAACAGCUCCAGGAAAACCAUCACUGCCCUUGCCUUCUCUCCUGAUGGCAAGUACUUGGUCACUGGAGAGAGUGGGCACAUGCCUGCCGUGCGCGUUUGGGAUGUGGCAGAGCACAGCCAGGUGGCUGAGCUGCAGGAGCACAAGUAUGGUGUGGCUUGUGUGGCCUUCUCCCCGAGCGCCAAGUACAUCGUCUCUGUGGGCUACCAGCACGACAUGAUCGUCAAUGUCUGGGCCUGGAAGAAAAACAUCGUGGUGGCCUCUAAUAAGGUGUCCAGUCGGGUCACUGCAGUGUCCUUCUCUGAAGAUUGCAGCUACUUUGUCACUGCCGGUAACCGGCAUAUCAAAUUCUGGUACCUUGAUGACAGCAAGACCUCAAAGGUUAAUGCCACUGUGCCCCUGCUGGGCCGCUCGGGGCUGCUGGGCGAGCUGCGGAACAACCUGUUCACUGACGUGGCCUGUGGCAGAGGGAAGAAGGCAGACAGCACCUUCUGCAUCACGUCCUCAGGGCUGCUGUGCGAGUUCAGUGACCGGAGGCUUCUGGACAAGUGGGUGGAGCUGAGAAACACAGACAGCUUCACAACCACCGUGGCCCACUGCAUCUCCGUGAGCCAGGACUACAUCUUCUGUGGCUGCGCUGAUGGCACCGUGCGCCUCUUCAACCCCUCCAACCUGCACUUCCUCAGCACCCUUCCUCGGCCCCACGCCCUGGGGACAGACAUCGCCAGUGUCACGGAGGCCAGUCGCCUCUUCUCUGGAGCGGCCAAUGCCAGAUAUCCAGACACCAUCGCCUUGACCUUCGAUCCUACUAAUCAGUGGCUGUCUUGUGUGUACAAUGACCACAGCAUUUAUGUUUGGGAUGUGAGGGACCCCAAGAAAGUGGGCAAGGUGUAUUCGGCUCUGUAUCAUUCCUCCUGCGUCUGGAGUGUGGAGGUCUACCCCGAAGUGAAGGACAGUAACCAGGCCUGCCUACCCCCCAGUUCCUUUAUCACCUGUUCCUCCGACAACACUAUCCGCCUGUGGAACACAGAGAGCUCCGGGGUGCAUGGCUCCACGCUGCACCGGAACAUCCUCAGCAAUGACCUCAUUAAGAUCAUCUAUGUGGAUGGGAACACUCAGGCCCUGCUGGACACUGAGCUGCCCGGAGGAGACAAAGCUGAUGGGUCCCUGAUGGAUCCCCGCGUGGGCAUUCGUUCUGUGUGUAUCAGCCCCAAUGGACAGCAUCUCGCUUCAGGGGACCGUGUGGGCACACUCAGGGUGCACGAACUGCAGUCCCUGAAUGAGAUGCUGAAGGUGGAGGCCCAUGACUCGGAAAUCCUGUGCCUGGAGUACUCUAAGCCGGACACAGGUCUGAAGCUCCUAGCGUCAGCGAGCCGGGACCGGCUGAUCCACGUGUUGGAUGCUGGACGGGAGUACAGCCUACAGCAGACACUGGACGAGCAUUCAUCCUCCAUCACUGCUGUGAAGUUUGCAGCCAGCGAUGGGCAAGUCCGCAUGAUCAGCUGUGGAGCAGACAAGAGCAUCUACUUCCGCACUGCACAGAAGUCUGGAGAUGGAGUGCAGUUUACGCGGACACACCACGUGGUGCGGAAGACGACCCUCUACGACAUGGACGUGGAGCCCAGCUGGAAGUACACAGCCAUUGGCUGCCAGGACCGGAAUAUUCGGAUCUUUAACAUCAGCAGUGGGAAGCAGAAGAAGCUGUUUAAAGGGUCGCAGGGUGAGGACGGCACUCUGAUUAAGGUGCAGACGGACCCCUCAGGGAUCUACAUCGCUACCAGCUGCUCCGACAAGAACCUCUCCAUUUUUGACUUUUCCUCAGGCGAGUGCGUGGCUACCAUGUUUGGCCACUCAGAGAUUGUCACUGGCAUGAAGUUUAGUAAUGACUGCAAACAUCUCAUCUCUGUAUCAGGGGACAGCUGCAUAUUUGUGUGGCGCCUGAGCUCGGAGAUGACCAUCAGCAUGAGGCAGCGUCUGGCCGAGCUGCGCCAGCGCCAGCGUGGGGGCAAGCAGCAAGGAUCGUCCUCUCCCCAGAGGGCCGCUGGACCCAACCGGCACGAGGCCCCCUCGAUGCUGUCUCCCGGACCAGCUCUCUCCUCAGACAGCGACAAGGAGGGAGAAGACGAGGGCACAGAGGAGGAGGAGCUCCCAGCGCUGCCUGUCCUUGCCAGGGGUGCCACGCACGAGCCAGCCUCGGUGCCCAGCCCAGCCCUGCCCCGAAGCCUGUCCCACUGGGAGAUGAGUCGGGCACAGGAGACGGAGGAGUUCCUGGACCCAGCUCCUGCCACCAACCAAGGACCUAGAAGAAGGGGGCGCUGGGCUCAGCCCGGCGUGGAGCUGAGUGUUCGCUCUAUGCUGGACCUGAGGCAGCUGGAGACACUGGCCCCAGGUCCUCGGGGUCCUCACCAGGACUCUCCGGCCAUGACCCCUUCAGGUCCUGGGAAGCACAGUUCCCAGGCCCCUGCGACCUCAAGCGUGAGCAAGAAUGAAAAGCUCCCCCGGCCUCAGGCUUCCCAACCCUGUUCCUGCCCCCACAUCAUCAGAUUGUUGUCCCAAGAGGAAGGGGUCUUUGCCCAAGAUCUGGAGCCUGCACCCAUAGAAGAUGGUAUUGUCUACCCGGAGCCGGGUGACAGCCCCACCCUGGAUACCAGUGAGUUCCAGGUGCAGGCACCAAGCCGAGGGACCCUGGGAAGAGUGUAUGCAGACAGCAGGGGCUCAGAGAAGCAUAGCCCUGAUAGUGCGUGCUCUGUGGACUUCAGCAGCAGCCGCCUUUCCAGCCCUGAGCACCCCAAUGAAGACUCUGAGAGCACGGAGCCCCUGAGUGUAGAUGGCAUUUCCUCAGACCUUGAAGAGCCAGCCGAGGGUGAUGAGGAAGAAGAGGAAGAUGAGGGGGGCACUGGCCCCUAUGAGGUGCAGGAGGGCAGCCCCCAUACCCCGGACCAGGAGCAGUUUCUGAAACAGCACUUUGAGACUCUGGCCAACGGGGCUGCUCCAGGGGGUCCAGUCCGGGUACCAGAGCGGACAGAGUCUCGGAGCAUCUCUUCACGAUUCCUGUUGCAAGUGCAGAGCCCGUCACUCAGGGAACCAUCCCCAUCUUCCUCAAGCCUGGCAGUGACAUCGAGACUGGCCCAGGGGCUGCAGGUUUCUGGUGAGCAGCCAAGAGGCAGUGGUGCCAGUCCUCCAGGAGCACCCCCAGAGGCUGAGCCUUCCCCUGGAAACCCUGUGCUGUUGCCGCGACGCCGUCUUAGCCCGGACAGUGGCUGGUCCCCCAAGAGAGUGGCUGCAGCCGGCCCCACAGGUGGACUCCAGAAAGCCCAGUCGGUGCAGAGUCUGGUACCACAGGAUGAGGUCCCUCCACCAGGCCUGUUGCUCUCACAGGAGGUGGAAGCCCAGGGGUGCCUGCGCUCCUUGCCCACAGCUGAUCGCCGUCUGUCUCGGCCCCACUCGUACCAGAGCCCCACCACCAGUUCCAUGGCCAAGAUUGCCCGCAGCAUCUCUGUUGGGGAAAACCUGGGUCUGGCUGCUGAACAUCAAGCUCCUGCCCCCGUCCGCAUCUCACCACUCAACAAGCUGGCCCUGCCCAGCCGGGCUCACUUGGUCCUGGAUAUCCCAAAGCCACUGCCUGAUCGUCCCACCUUGGCCACCUUCUCACCUGCUACCAAGGGCCAGGCCCCUGGUGAGGCAGAACAGCUCAGCUGCCUAGCGGGGCUAGGAAAGGCUCACAGUACAGCUGAGAGGCGGGCCUGUUCAGGGGCGGGCGCCACUCCCAAGCCUAGGACAGAGUGCCAGGCUCAGCCUGGGCCCAACAGCCCCCGUGCCCAGCAACUGCCGGCCAGCAGCCUCCUCCGAGGCCCUGUGAACUUGCAGCCCCCACCCCUUGGGAAGACUCCCAGCCCUGUGGAAUGUGCCAGGCCAGGGGCAACCCUGAGCCGGGACUCAGAACCAGCAGUGAGCCUGGAGCAGUGCGAGCAGCUCGUGGCUGAGCUCCAGGGCAGUGUGCGCCAGGCCGUGCAGCUCUACCACUUGGUGGCCAGCUGUAAGACACCCUCGGUGGAACAAAGUCGCAUCACCCAGCUCCUCAGAAACACGUUCUCUUCAGUGCGGCAGGAGCUGGAGGCCCUGGCCGGGGCAGUGAUGGCCAGCCCGGGCGGGAGCCCUGGGGCUGUGGGGGCCGAGCAGACACAGGCCCUGCUGGAGCAAUACUCAGAGCUGCUGCUUCGAGCUGUGGAGCGGCGCAUGGAACGCAGACUCUGAGUUCCAGAAGCCUGUCCCCAGUGAAUGCUCCCCCCAUUCCAAACUGCAUCUCUCCACUCACCAAAACCUGCAAGGAUGCUUGGAGUGGAGAGCAGGGAUCCAUGCUCAGUGGGGCCAUGGCUUUUGCAGCUGUUCCUCACGGGACCCCUGUAUUUAUUAAUUUAUUUCCCUGACUGUUGCCUCACUCUCUUGGAACUCCUGCCUCUACAGCCAUCUGGUGGCUCACGCAGGGGCAGAUCUUGGUCUUUGUCAUCUUGGUGCUGUGAGGAGUCAGAGGGCAGCCUGCCCCACCUGGGGCAAGUCCGGAAAGGCCUGCCCUCCCUUCUUAGAAGCCAUUUGAAAUUACUGCAGGGAUCAGCUCCCUGGGGUGGAGCACACACAGGGUAUCCAGGAGGGUAGAGGUGAGAGGUGAUCUGGUGUCCUUGCCCUCUGGCCAACGGCGGCGGAACUUCACCUCUACCUCCAUGCCCCCUCCCACACCAGCUUACUGCCCUGAUUGCCAGAGCGGGGGUUGUCUGUUUUCCCCACUUGCUGGCAGUUCAGAAAGGCAGAGCCCUCUGGCCCUCUGGAGCCCUCCCAGCCAUUAGGAAGCUUGAGUUGGUGUCAAGGCCUGAGCCCCCACAUUCCACUCCCAUUCCCCGCUCCAGGGGGGCCCUAGCAUUGUCUCUUCCUGUGCCCCCUUUCUCUCCUGGCCGGAACUUGUGGAGCCAGCUGUGGGAUGUUGCUGCAGGACAGUAAAGCCCUCUGCUGGGCAAACAUCAAGCCCUGGCCUCCUUUCCUCAGCCCCUUGGCCUUCCCUGUUCUUCAGCCCUGGUCCCCCACAGGCUGCUGAAGCUGAGGCCACCUUCUCCCUUCAGCCUGAGUGAUGCUCAGUCAGAAGCCUGUGUUGGAACUUCCCUCGUAGUUUACAGGGCGCUGGCCCACCUUCUAAGGACCUUGGCCACAGAAGAAACCUACACGAAGGCACACACACACACACACACACACACACACACACACACACACACUGAGUGUUCACUGCUAGACCCCUCGGCUGGCUGUGUGCCUGCUUUCCUUUCACAUCCCACACACACACACACACACACCCCCCCCCCACACACACACCACAUACCACACCACACACACACACACACAUACUGUGCUGGCUGACGUGUGCCUGCUUUCCUUUCACAUCCCACACACACACACACACACACACACACACACACACAGCACACACCACACCACACACACACUGUGCUGGCUGAUGUGUGUCUGCUUUCCUUUCACAUCCUGCCCCUGACUUCAUCACUCUGGCUCUUACCAAGAAUAUGAAGAGGGAUGAACACACUAAGCCUGGAUUCUGGAUUCUUGGUUUUCACAGCCUAGCUGAUGUGUAAUGGCCCAGAGUAUCUGUUUUGGGUAGGAGGAGCCUCCUCAAGCGGAGUGCUGGGCACCAGGUGUGCUGGAGGCUGGAGAGAGGGAGGCCCAUGGGGCUGCAGCAGGGGCCAAGAGACACGAAAUGUGGUAGGUGGGCCAGGUAAGUGGUAGAGGUGAGGGGACAGAGUUAGGAGGGUAGUGUUAGGGGUGAGGGGAAGGAGCCAGGGUACAAUGGGCAAGUAGAGUAGGACCAAGUACAGAAGCAGCUGUGGAAGAGUUGGGGUGAAGAAUGUGUCUCUAGGCCCUGCUGCUUCCUCUGCCUCAGGUAAGUCAGGGCAGCUCUGCUACAGCUCCAGCCUGGAAAGCUGUGUCCCUGUGGGCUCUGCUGGCGCUGUGGGUGGAGGCUUGAAGUUGGAUUCUCAAGGGUGCCCAGCUCUGCUUGCAUUAGUCACCUGAACAGGUGACCCCUAUUUCACCUUCACUCUUCUCUACUACCACCACCUGCAUGGCCAAGCUGCCAAGAAAUCCUGGCCGAGGAACUCUCAGAGCUGAGUGUGGACCCCAAGAGGCCACAGCUGCCCUUGUCAUAGUUAGAAAUCCGCUCCCCAGGUACCCCUGACCAGCACAGCAGCUGCAGUCUACUGCAAGUGGGGCUCAGGCCUGGCCCUCUGGGCUGGGUUCCUGGCCACCCUCAGCCAGUCUAUCCCUCAUGAGGACGGAGCGACACUCCUGCUGAGGUUUGUGGGAAGGUGGCCACCCUUUUGAUUACCAACCCCCACCCCCGCCCAGCGUGGGAAGAUGUUGUGGUCGGCGCCCGUCCCCUUCUGCAUGUCUGAGGCCACCGGCAACUGCCGCCCCCGUUCAGAUCUGCCCUGACCCAGUUUUGAAAGCCCCUUAUUUAUAACUUUUAUACUUGGCCCAGGCCAUGGCGCUUCCCCCACAUCCCCAGGUCUCACAGGGCAGAGGCUGUUUUUAACA